CAGACGGAAAAGCGGCGCCGAUGGCGGGCGGCGGCGCUGGUGGUGGCUGCCCGUCGGUGGAGGCCGAAGGGGAGGCGGCGGUAGCCUGCGAGGCCCUCCGUCUGCUGCGGAUAGAGCCCUCGGCUGUCGGCCCUGGCGCGGGGCGGGCGGGCGGCGCGGCGCGGUGCUCGAGGAACGUGCUGCGGAAGCGGAGGCACUGGGAGCGGGUCCUGGCGGCGAGGAGGAGGAAGCGGCGGCAGGAGCGGGAGAGGAGCAGGGCCCGGCGGGCCGCGGGCCCAGGGGCUGCCAGCCGGGACGGCGGGAGGGUCCCGGCUCCCCUCGCGAAGGAACGCCUUCUGGGCGCCAGGGCGUCGGGGCCCUGGCUCUGCGUGGACCUCGGCGUGGCCGACCGCAUGACACAGAAGGAAACAAGCCGCCUCGCCUCCCAGAUCAGGAGACUCUACGGGGCAAACAAGCGGUCUGAGAAGCCAUUUUGGCUCUGUCUGACGGAAUUUGUGGUGGGGUCAUCGAUCUAUGAGGAGUGUUUUCGCAUGAACGAUGGCUUCUCCAAUUAUUUGAUGGAUACAACUGAAGAAAGUUACCUGGACCUGUUUCCUUUAGAUGCAAUUGUUUAUCUCACUCCUGACUCUGAGAAUGUCCUUGAAGAUAUUGAUCCAAGUAAAGUGUACGUCCUUGGAGGCCUGGUGGAUGAAAGUAUUCACAAGAAGCUGACUCUGCAAAGGGCACAAGAGCAGUCCUUGCAAACAGCCCGCCUCCCCAUUCGUGAGUACAUGGUGAAAACCAUUAACGCCAAGAACUACCAUUCAGAGACACUGGCAAUUAAUCAAGUCUUUGAUGUCUUAUCAACUUACUAUGAGACCCGAAGCUGGCCAGCAGCCUUGAAAGCUGGAGUUUCUUCUGGAAAAGGCUAUGUGCUACCAGAUGCAGUGAAAUAAGUGGAAAUACCUCAGCAUGACAAAGCACAAGAAAACUCUUUUAUUUUGUAAUGUUAAGGAGCUGUGCAGACGAGAGGCAAACUCCAAAUUUCAGGCAGAGGCAUCAGCAUGAAUGUGCAUAGAGAAAAUGGCUCUGCUUAUGUCUUGUUUAAGGACCUUGUUGAGAGUGACACAUUCUACCUCAGCAGUACAAUGCUGGAAAUUACUUUUCCCCUUGAGCAGAAAACAAAAGCUGAUGGAACCCUGGCAUCAAGUAAAAACUGACAGGAUUUCACUUUUGCUUCUUUGCAGAUGCUUGUUAGUGUUUCGGACUCUUGUAUCUACACUUUUUCUGGGAUAGGGAGGAGAGCUUUUAAGGUGUUUCUUUCAUCUUGAUCAAACAGUAAGGUGAAAUUAGAAUUGCAAGGCUUACUGCCAAGGAAAAUUCCUUCCCAUGGAAAAAGACAGUGCUGUUCCAAUUGGGGAAACACAAGCUGGAAAGUGAUUCCCCAGUGGAGAAACAGGUCCCAGGUGUGCCAUGUCCUAACAACUUUAAACCAGGUGAAGACUUGGUGAAUUGUUGAAGCCUAUUGUAGCUAAUC